CCGCUGUUAGCUUCAGCUUCAGCUAGCCGAUAGCUACACCUCAUUUGGACUUUCUGCUAGGUUAAAUUAGAUUGGAUUAGAUUCAAAUGGAGUUAAGCAUCUAACCAGACAAUAAACAGUAAGCUCAUGUAGCAUAAAUAGUGUAUUGGUAUAUAAGUGGUAUGGUGCAGGUUGUCUUUAUAGUAUAUGGACAAUAUUUACAGAUGAAAACCUACGUACAGGUGAGUGAGGAAGAUAUAGCCUACACAGUGACUGACAUGAACAUAUAUAGAUGCAUUUCUGCGUUAAAUGCACAGACGUUGUCAUUGUAAAGAGCGGACGGAGGAUAUGUGGGACCGGAGGCUGCCUGGCCAACGCUCCUUUACACCAGAACAAAAGUUAUUUUGAGUUUAAGAUCCAGUCCACUGGUGUGUGGGGUGUGGGGGUGGCCACACAGAAAGUGAAUCUCAACCAAGUGCCUUUGGGCAGAGACACAAACAGCCUUGUCCUGAGGAAUGAUGGAUCCGUGUAUCACAAUAACGAAGAGAAGAAUCGUCUACCCGCUAACAGCCUUCCUCAGGAGGGUGACAUUGUGGGCAUCACAUAUGACCACGUGGAGCUGAAUUUAUAUCUGAAUGGAAAGAACAUGCAUUGUCCUGCCUCAGGGAUCCGAGGCACUGUGUACCCAGUUGUUUAUGUGGAUGACAGUGCCAUCUUAGACUGCCAGUUUAGUGACUUCUAUCACACACCCCCACAGGGAUUUGAAAAGAUCCUCUUUGAACAACAAAUCUUCUAAAGGAAGCCCUUCAGCCUCUCGUCAUGUCGUCGCCUUCCUCUAUAUCCCAUCGCAACCUCUGUGACACUACCGUUUGACCUUGAUUGGAUAUUAUCAUUAUAUAUGUGGCUUGAAUGCGUCUUGUUUUGUUUCCCGUGAUUACUCUGCCUCUCUCUGCUGCUGCUCUGAAUCAACCUUAGGAGUGUCUUUGAAGAAGUUGGGGUUUGUGGUCACUGUUGGGCUGUGAUGGGCUGUUACAGUCCGCGCUGAAGGAAAGUCAGUGGCUGUCCGUCUGUAUUAACUGAACAACUCUCUGUUGCUGCUUUCGUCCACCACAUGUGUAUAGAUACCAAACAAUGGACGUUGCACUUGUUUAAAGGUUCCCAUUAUUCAGGAUCAGAAGCCAUGUUUUAUUGACAUCGCUCUGUGCUCAUGUUUUUGAAUGUGUAACCUCCUAAAUGGCAUACUGACAUCCCAGAAUACACCCAUAUUUAUUUGUAUUUAUUUUAUUCUCUGAUUAAAGUGACAUAUCUUUCUGGUCAAAUCAUGUUUUUUUGGACACAAACAAGUGUUUGUGGACUUUCCUUUCAUGUCAGUGUAUUCAUUUUAGUUAGUACAUAGAGGGUUUAAAAUACUAAUCUGUAAACUGGUUCACCUUCCAGGGGACAUCUGGUGUGAGGAUGGUUUUCGCUCAAAAAACUGAAAUAUCUCUUUUAAAUUGUGGACACUAAGAGUCAUUUCUCAAUCGAUUACCUGAACCGGCCUGUUUUCAUCCUGAAAUCUGGUGCUGGAUGUCUCAGAGUAGGAGACUGAAAUGUCAAUCUGUUGUGUUGUGUUGGCAUUGCAUAUCUGCUGCUCAAGUGUGACAGUCAAAUAUUUCAAAUGCUUGUCUAUGUUUUGCACUAAUGAUGGUAUUGUACAAAUUCAAACAUUGUUGAUUCAGUAAAACCUUUGUGUCUUGAA